UUUUGGUUAUAUUAUGUAGUAAAUACUAUUUGCUAACCUAGUGUCAAAAUUUUCCUCGUAAGAAGGCUUUAAAAGAAGUGUUUUUAUCAGAGUUAUUUAUUUUUAUUUAUAAAAUUAAAUUAUAAAAUGCAGGAAUUUUGUCCAUUAUGCGAUAAGAGAGGAUUCAGAAGAAGAAUAAAAGCUUUACAAAUUAAUUUUCAUGAGGCUGUAUGGGCAUGUGAAGGAGAAGAAUGUGAAUGGCCAUUUGGUCAUGCAGAAUUUAUAUUCGUCCAAAGAAAGGUUGGAAAUAACUGGUCAUGCUAUUGGGAUGAUUUUAAUUUGAAACCAGUAAAUAAUUAUGUGCCAGUAUCUACAGAAUUAGCAUUAUAUACACCACCAGAAACUCCUUCUACUGAUUCAGUUUUAAGAGAAUUUUUAUCAGAUACACAGUGCUCUGACGAUAGUGUUACUACAAAUACUAUAAACAAUAGCAUCUCUCCUAAUGAGGUACAGUCCAAAAAAAUCGCUUGUUUUACAGAUAAUAAUACGUACUGCUUAAAAAAUAAUGAAUCAGAAAAUAUGGACAAUAGACUUGAAAAUGUUAACAUGCACGUAGAAGACUACCAGCAAGAUCAAACUAAUGACCUCUCUUUUUGUAAAGAUGAUAAAAAUAGUUUCUAUUAUGAGAAUAGUAAGAAUAUAAUAGGCAUAGAAAAUAUAUCUAAGAAAGUACUUUUAAGAAUAGAAAAUCCUAAUUUAAAUAAAAAUGUUAUAAAUUCAGAAUAUAGUUGCAGCAACAAUAAAAUGAAAAGUGACUUAGAUAAUUGUAUAAGUAAACAAAAGUUAAUAGAAAAUAACAAAGACACAUCGGAUAUUAGCAAUACUAACAAAAGUCACAAUAAUAUAGAAUCUCCUAGUUCUAUAUUAGAUCCAAAAUUGCUAAUAAAUAAAUUUACUGAAGAAAGUACUACACCUUCUAAUUUGAAGGUAACAACAGUAGAAAUAAAUGGUUUACCUGUAACUGUCUCCUAUGAAACACCUAUAUCUCUACCUACACCUAUCACAGCAUCUAAUAUCAGUACAAAUUUUAUUCAAACAGAAUGUGGUACCAACUCUUUGUCAAUUGACGCAUCUUCUUCUACAACUACAUUUAAUACAAUUCAUAAAUCAACUAAUAAACAAUUAAAAACUGCAUCUGUAGGUAAACAAUAUAAAAAAUUUGAUUUUCAUGCUAUAAAAAAAGAAUUACAGCCUACUGUUGACAGUAAUGUUCAAAAUUCAGAUAAUAAAUGUUUAUCAAAUUCAAGUGAAGAUACUUCUAAUAUUAAAUCUAAUAUAAAUAGUUUCUAUUCUAAUAAUGAUCAAAAUCAAAAACAAAAUUCGCUUGAAAUUAUUAAACCUUGUUCUUCUAUGAAUGUUGAUGACAAUACAGAAACAAAAGUUGUGACAAAUGAAUUUUUAUCGUUGGAAAACAUUGAGGAGGAAUCCGAGAUAAAUGUAGAGAAUUUAUUAAAUGAUUUAUUGAAAAGUGAUAACACGUCUAUAGAAGUAAAUCAAAAUUAUGAAAUAUCAAAUAGUGAUGAAGAUUGGAUACAUUCUUUGUUAUAUUAAUUUAUAAUUUAUUAGAUCCUAAUUAGCAUACACAAUACAUUGUAUUUAUUAUAUUAUAAAGAUGUUUUGUAAAAUAAAUACUUUUAAACCUA